AUGCCCUUCAACGCCCUCCUAUCGGCCUUCGUCCGGUGCUGCCGCCACCGCCGCGUCCCGGUCAAGGAGUUCUCCAUCACCCCCAACGCCACCUCCUACGCCAUACUGGUGAAGGCUCACUGUAUGGUCCGCCAUGACGCCAAGGCUCACGAAGUGAUAGCCCGGAUGCGUGAGGAAGGUAUCUCGCCGACCACCACCAUCUACACCACAAUGAUUGAUUCCAUGUAUAAGCAGAAGAAGGUAGAGGAGGCCCAGACUUUGUGGAAGCAGAUGCUGGAAAGCGGAUGCAAGCCAGACCAUGCAACAUAUAAUGUGAAGGCCAUGCACCACGGACUCAAUGGCAAGCCGGAAGGUGUUCUCCAGGUGAUGGUGGAAAUGGAGGCCGAUGGAGUAAAGCCAGACACCAUCACCUACAAUUUCCUCAUGACUGCCUAUUGCAAAGAUGGAAAGAUGGAGGAUGCCAAGGCGCUGUACCGUUCGCUAGGUGACAAAGGGUGCUCAGCGAAUGCAGCCACAUAUAAGCACAUGCUUGCAGCGCUGGAGGCGAAGGAGGUUAUUUACGUGGUGACGAAGAAGUUCCCUGACACUAUGCUGUCUGGGUGGAAGAAGCUGGAAAAGGAGCUUGGGUUCUGCUCGGAUAGCGGAGAUACAACCCCUCACGCAGAAUGUACAGCUGAAGAACCAGUCUCUGAGUCUGAACCUGCUACCACCGAGGCACUUGAACUCAAAGAUUCUGCUGCUGAGGAAACGGGUGUGUCAGAAGAAUAUGAUGGUGAUGAAACGCCUUCACCUGAGACAUCCACUGAUGAGGAAGUGCCGAGGGGUCCUGCUUAA